AUCAAGCGAACAAAAAGUCCUUAAUAGAGAUGCCCGUGUGCGACCCGUCAUCUCAUCUCUCCCGCUUAAAAGUCUGAUGGAGGACAGCUCUCUAAUUAAUCCUGAGCUCGUUGUUAACUACAAAUAUCCAGAGAGAUUAUUCACUUAUGAUGAGAGAGAUGCUACCUUGUAUGCUCUUGGUGUUGGAGCAUGUGCAACAAAUGCUUUAGAUGAAAAAGAGCUCAAAUAUGUUUACCACGAAGAUGGGCAGAAAUUCAUUAAGGUCUUGCCAACUUUUGCAGCUAUAUACUCACUUGGAUCAAUAAAUAUUGGGGAAAUACCUGGAAUGUCAUUUGAUCCGCGUCUAUUAUUGCAUGGACAACAAUUCAUAGAAAUCUACAGGCCAUUGCCUACUCAUGGUUGUAUACGGAAUAAAACCAGUGUUGUAGGACUUCAUGAUAAAGGUAAAGCUGCCAUUAUGGAACUUGAAGUUACAAGUUAUGGGGAGUCCUCUGAUGAGCCAAUCUGCAUGAACCGGUUGACUCUAUUUUUACGGGGCGCAGGUGGCUUCUCAAAAUCACCACACCCAUAUUCUUACACAAACUAUUCCGCAAAUCAGAACUUAGCUUUUAAACAUCCUAAAAGCCGGCCAUUUGCAGUUCAUGAGGAAUGUACGCAGCCCUCCCAGGCGUUGGUCUACAGGCUCUCUGGUGACUAUAACCCUUUGCACUCUGAUCCAAAAUUUGCAGGAACGGCAGGAUUUUCUCGCCCUAUACUGCACGGACUGUGCACUCUUGGUUUUGCGGUUAGAGCUAUUAUUAGAUGUAUAUGUGGAGGAGACCCAGACAUUGUCAAGAGCAUAUCAGGUCGAUUACUUCUGCAUGUGUACCCUGGCGAAACAUUGAUAACUGAAAUGUGGCUAGAAGGCUUGAGUGUUAUGUAUCAAGUGAAGGUGAAAGAACGAAAUAAGACAGUCCUGUCUGGUAUUGUGAAUCUCAACCGUCCGGCUUCAACUUUGUGAACUCUAUGCUGCGUACUAUCAUUCCUGAAGGGUGUUGGGACCUUGAUUGUGUAAAAUGAUCUGUGUAUGAAAUGCUGUAGCGGAUACUUUGAAAUAAAAAUUGGACUACCACAACACCAAAUUACAUGUAUAAUAAUAGUUUUUGUACGAGUACAUGUGUAAAUGCAGUUCAAUUGUAUUCUAUAGACAAUUUGAUGAAGUUGCCUCAAGUUUUAGGCCGAGUAAAAGAGGUACUGCAUAGGUUAGCCGAUGCCAGGCAGCGCUUGAACUUUUUCACUCUCAAUAUCUAUUGUCAAAUGAGUUAAUUGUAGAACUUGUCUUUUGAUUUGGUCCAAUUACAUUUUAUUACCUAAAUUUUAAAUAAUUUAUUAUUAUUAUUAUCA